AUGUCAUUUCUCCCAAAGCUCCAUUGUCCAUUUGCAGUCUGCGAAAAUGGCUGCGAGGUGAUCUUUCAGUGCAAUUCCAAGUGGGGUGUGUUCGUGUCGGAAUGCGAAGCUGAAUCGGCCAGAGGCGAGUGCUCAGCAAGAUGUUAUGGAUUGCUGGCUGAAACCAUGGCUACUCCUCAUGGACAGGCUUUCGAAUCAUGCACCUGUACGGAGAGGGAAGAUCAACUAUGCAUUCAUCUGAGAAAUAAUAUUCUUGACGCUUGCAGUAAGCCAACACCUCCUCCACCAGCUCCAGGAGACAACUCGGUCACAUUGUCGCCAAUCGACUCCAUCGGCGACGGCCAAACAUCUUCAGCACAGAUUUUCUUCCCAUCUCUGCUUCUCUGCGCUCUGCUUACUAUUCGACUUUACUUCAGCAUGUUCUGA